CAUCCUCAGUCUUUGCAAGGGGACAGCUGUGCCAGCCGGGCUCUGGCAAGCUCCUGGCAGCAUGGCAGUAAAGCUCGGGGCCCUCCUGCUGGUCCUUGUGCUUGGCCUGGCUCAGCCGGCCUCUGUCCGACGGAAGCUCCUGGUGUUUCUGCUGGAUGGCUUUCGCUCAGACUACAUUAGUGAUGAGGCUCUGGCGUCGUUGCCCGGUUUCAAAGAGAUUGUGAGCCGGGGAGUAAAAGUGGAUUACUUGACCCCAGACUUCCCUAGUCUGUCGUACCCCAAUUACUACACCCUAAUGACUGGCCGCCAUUGUGAGGUCCACCAGAUGAUUGGGAACUACAUGUGGGACCCCAACACCAACAAGUCAUUUGACAUCGGUGUCAACAGAGACAGCCUGAUGCCUCUCUGGUGGAAUGGAUCGGAACCUCUGUGGGUCACUCUGACCAAAGCCAAAAGGAAGGUCCACAUGUACUACUGGCCAGGCUGUGAGGUUGAGAUUCUUGGUGUCAGACCUACUUACUGCCUAGAAUAUAAAAAUGUCCCAACGGAUAUCAAUUUUGCCAAUGCAGUCAGCGAUGCUCUUGACUCACUCAAGAGUGGCCGGGCUGACCUGGCAGCCAUAUACCAUGAGCGCAUUGACGUGGAAGGCCACCACUAUGGCCCUUCUUCACCUCAGAGGAGAGAUGCCCUCAAGGCUGUGGACACCGUGCUGAAGUACAUGACCAAGUGGAUCCAGGAGCGGGGCCUGCAGGACAACCUGAACGUCAUCAUUUUCUCAGAUCAUGGGAUGACGGACAUUUUCUGGAUGGACAAAGUGAUUGAGCUGAAUAAGUACAUCAGCCUGAAUGAUCUGCAGCAAGUGAAGGACCGAGGGCCUGUCGUGAGCCUUUGGCCAGCACCCGGCAAAUACUCGGAGAUACAUAACAAACUGACCACAGUGGAGCAUAUGACUGUCUACGAGAAAGAAGCCAUUCCAAGCAGGUUUCAUUACAAAAAAGGAAAAUUUGUUUCUCCUUUGACAUUAGUGGCUGAUGAAGGAUGGUUCAUAACUGAGAGUCGAGAGAUGCUUCCAUAUUGGAUGAACAGCACCACCGGCAAGAGGGAAGGCUGGCAGCAUGGAUGGCAUGGAUAUGACAACGAGCUCAUGGACAUGAGGGGCAUCUUCCUGGCCUUUGGACCUGAUUUCAAAUCCAACUUCAGAGCCGCUCCAAUCAGAUCAGUGGAUGUCUACAACGUCAUGUGUAGCGUGGCUGGCAUCACCCCGCUGCCCAACAACGGGUCCUGGUCCAGGGUGAUGUGCAUGCUUAAGAGCCCAACCAGUACGGCAUCAUUGGCCCAGCUGAGCAGCUGCGCCCUGGCCUUGGUUCUCCUCUUACUGUUUGCAUAACUGAUCGUAUUGUUUGUCCCCAAAACACUGUCAGCACAACGUGCCUCCAAAGUGGAAUGAUUUUCAUUUCUAUGUGAAUAAUAAGCUUCAUUAAUCAAGGCCACACAAAUUGUAAAUAUAUUAUUCUUGAAUUGUUCUAUA